AUGCCACUAAUUUCGUCGGGGCACGAUCUCAGCUCGAGGACUUUAAGCAGCAGCAACACAUUGAAUGUACAUAACUUCAGCAGCAUCGUGGGAUUUGAGUUUAAGUUCAUCCCUCCGCGAGCUGCCCACUUUGGCGGCUUGUGGGAGGCCGCAGUGAAGUCCAUGAAGACCUUGAUGAUCAAAAACUUGGGCAACACUGGGCUAACGUACGAGGAGCUUCAAACGAUUGCAAUCGAGGCGGAGGCAAUCUUAAAAUCAAGACCAAUGGCACCCCUAUCCGAAGACCCGAACGAUGGAGAGGCACUUAGCCCAGCGCACCUGCUGAAUGGGUCCUCUCUGAUGUCUGUUGCAGAGAGCAGACCAUCCUAUCUUACGCGGUGGCAGCGCGAAACUUACUUGAAGCAGCAGUUCUGGGAGCUAUGGAGGGGUGAUUAUUUACAGACACUUCAGGCGCGCUCCAAAUGGCUCAAACCCGAUGCCAACAUUCAAAUUGGCCCAAUUGUAAUAAUUCACGAGAAUAAUACACCUCCCCAGGAGUGGAUCCUGGGUCGCAUCACCAACACGCAUUUUGGAGCUGAUGGACGAGUAAGAGUGGCCGAUAUCAAGGUGAAAAAUGGAACCAUUCGUAGACCUAUCUGCAAGAUAGCGCCCCUGCCUGACAACAUAUAG